CAUCCGGCGACACGUAUUUCCAAACAAUUCAACAAUCCUCCGAGGUUUCUGCAGUUUAUAAUCCGAUUUCUGUUUUAUUUACACCUCUUGUUUGUAAAAUAAUGUUUCCUUAAAAUGGUAUAAACUCCGUACGCGUAGUCGGGGAUAAUUUAAGUUUUUUUUCCGAUGUAAACUUGUUGAUUUUAGCCUAUAAAUCACAGUGUUUAGGUGGACUGCUGCUGCUCCAGACCAAAGUUUCAAUGGGGGAAGUGAGAAAACUGCAGAAAAAGUUAAGACAGAUUGGAAAUUUGGAAAUAAAAAUCAGUCUUACACCAGAGGAGAGAUUUAAGAUCUCCAGGAAGGCGGAGCUGCGUUCCAGAUUGGCUGAGCUUCAGCUGCAGCUUUCUGGCCCGCAGCAAACUCCAGGGAACGAGGGAGACAGAAAAGAGGAGAAGAUGAAAAGACAAGUGGAGGACACCCCCGAGGCCGUUCCAUCACAAAUGCCUCCUGCCUCCAAGAUUCUGAGGGAACAGUCCAAAACAGAAAAAAGUCCAGCUCCGAGGGCCAAGCAGAAAGACGGGAGAGGGGCAGAGGGGAGAGGGACAGAAGGAUCCAGCAGACAACGUGAGGGGGCAGGUGGAGAGGAUGUGGACAUGGCGAGCGCUGCAGAGCCAGACUUAACAGAACAAACGAAUCAGGAAGAAGUUGAAUUUACAUCCCUCAAAGCAUCGUGGGAAAAGGCAAAGUUUCGCUUGAGGCUGUUGGACGGCCACAACGACAUCAUCACCUGCGUGGUUGCCGUUGACAACCUCGUAAUUUCUGGAAGUCGAGACACUACGGUAAAGGUGUGGCAUGUUCCCACGGCAACAGAGCAGAAGAACCUCGGCGGUCACUCUGGGGGGGUCACCUGUCUGUGCGCCCCCCCUCCGGAGUACUGCAAAAAACUGGCUUGGUCCCUGUCUCUGUCUGACAAAGAGAGGUUUAUUUUAAGUGGCUCUGCAGACUGUAAUGUGAAGAUCUGGGCGCUCAGUGUUGGCCAGUGUGUUAAGUCUAUUUACACGUUUAAUGCCGUGACUGCCCUGUGCUUUGUGCCGGAGGGAGACGGCUACAUCGUUACUGGAUCGGACGCGGGCAAAGUCCAGGCCUGGAGCUGGGACUCGUUUGAGAACUGUCAGUCUGUCAACGCUCACGAAGACGCCGUCACCUCCAUACAGUCUCAGGGCCCGCUGGUGUUCUCCGGCUCGGCGGAGGGGGGCGUGUCUGUGUGGGAGAACCGCUGCUCGGAGCGGGACCCCCUCAGGCGACUGAGCCACUGGAGCGGGGGUCUGACGGGCUGCGGAGGAGGCCCGGGGGGCAGGCUCUCCCUCAGUCCCAGAGGAGACACCGUGUACCUGGCUUAUGGGCAAGCCUGGCUCAAGGUCCUCAACUGGAGAACAGGAGUGAUGUCCAAGCUGACCAAUCACAGCAGCGUCGCCGGGGUAACAGAUUGUGUGCACCAGACGGGAGGCCUCCUAAUUGGCUCCUGCUAUGAUCUGACGAACGGAGAGAGCACGCUCAACUUGUUCUCCCUGCCUCAGUGCCGGUACCUGACCUCUCUGACCUGGCCUGACGCGCCCAGAAUCCUGUGUCUGGCCUCGUGGACCACAGGCAGCGGCGACCAUCGCUGGGUCACCGGGGGUCGUGACCUUGUCGUGUGGGAGCAGCUGCCCUCGACUGGAAGGCAAAAAGGUGACGUGACGGUGAGGAGAAACCACGGACUGGAUUCCCUGCUGGAGUCGGAGGGGGACACCGAGGACGAGGAGGAGACGGACGACGAUGAAGACGACGAGGACAGAGGGAAAGACAGCGGAUUCGAAGAGUCGGAGGAGAGCGGGUCCGGCGUGUGGUCACGAUGUGUUCUUCAGUGACUGGACUGAAGGGGGAGAUGUGAGCGGAGAGCAGCGGGGGAGAGAAAGAAAGGAAGGAGAGAGAGAGAGUGAAGAGGAGGAAACUGAGCAAAGAGCAACAGGGGAGAGAGGUAAAGGAGAGCUGUAGAAGGGGGGCAGGGAGAAAGAAAAAGAACGAAAGAACGAAGGGAAGGUGGGGUAGAAAAGGGGCACAGAGAAAGAAAGAAGGGAGAGUGGAGGGGAGGGGUAGAGAAAGAGUGAAGAGAGAAGGAAACUGAGCAGAGAGCAACAGGAGAUAGAGGGAGUGGUAGAAGGGGGGCAGGGAGAAAGAAAAUCGAGAGAGGGAGCAGUUGAGGGGAGGGGUAGAAGGGAGGAGAGGGGGCAAGGAGAAAGAAAGAAAGAAAGAAGGAAGAGAGGAGGAGGAGAAGGGUAGAGAGACAGAGUGAAGAGAAGACGAAACUGAGCAGAGAGCAGAAGAGAGAGAGGAAGGGGUAGAAGGGAGGGAGAAAGAAAGACGGGAAAGAGAGGGAGGUGAGAGAGGGUGAGGAGAGGAAGAUGAGAGAAGAGAGGAGGAAACUGAGCAGAGAGCAACGGGAGAGAAGGAGCAGUAGAAGGGGGGCAGAGAGAUAAAAAGAAGGGAAGAGAGAGGGAGCAGGGGGAGGGGAGGCAGGGAGAAAGAAAGAAUGGAGAGAGAGGGAGGUGAGAGGAGGGGAAGGAGAGAGAAAGAAUGAAGAGAAGAGGAAACUGAGCAGCGAGCAACAGGAGAAAGAUGGAGUUGUAGAAGGGUCGGGCAGGGAGAAAGAAAGGAAGAAGGGAGAGAGAGAGAGAGUGAAGAGAGGAGGAAACUGAGGAGAAAGCAACGGGGAGAGAGGGAGUGGUAGAAGGGGGGCAGAGAGAAAGAAAGAAGGGAAGAGAGAGGGAGCACGGGGAGGGGAGGCAGGGAGAAAGAAAGAAAGAACGGAGAGAGAGGGAGGUGAGAGAGGAUGGGAAGGGGGGAGAGAGAGAGAAGAGAGGAGAAAACUGAGCAGAGGGAGAGGUAGAAGGGAGGAGGGUGGGGCAGGGAGAGGAGAGAGAGAGAGAGAGUGGGGGAGAGAUGAGGAAACAAAGAGGGGGAGAGUGGGAGGCAAGAGAAAGAGGAGAGAGAAGAGAAGAGUGGGAAAGAGAGAGAGAAGAGAGACAGGAGGAAACAGCAGAGAGCAACAGGGGAGAGGGAAAGAAAGAAAGAAAAAAGAGAGAGGAGGGGAAGGGGAGAGAGAAAGACUGAAGAGAUGAAGAAACUGAGCAGAGAGCAACAGGGGGAUGGGGAGAGAUUGGAGAAAAGGAGAAAUAAAGGAGGGGAGACUGAGGUUAAGAGAAGAGAGGGGGACGGAGGGAGGGGAAUUAGAAAGGAGUGCAGAGGGAGGGAAGAGAUGGAGGGGUAGAGUGAGAAGAAAUGAAAUAGGAGGGGAGAAGGAGGGGACUGACAGUUAUAGAAAAGGAGUAAGAGAUAAAAAAAGAAAAGAGUGCGAGAGGGGUUAGCGGGGAGUAGAGCGAGGA